AUGGGCAACGCAUGCUGCGGACAGGACGGGCGGAGCAGCAGGGCAUACGAGGCCAGUGGAGGCGGGGGAGCAGGGGUCGGCGGCGGCGGCGGGCGGCGGCGGUGGCCGGCAGUGGUGGCCGAGCCGACCGCGGUGGCGGCGGCAGGCGGGGCAUGGGCCAUGGUGGGGUGCGACGACGGCGGGUGCGCGGCGGUGUGCUGGGAGGAUGCUGGAGGAGCUAAGGAGUCGGGCGGGCGGGUGGCGCCGUAUGCUGUGCUGGACGGGCGGGUGGCGGCGGUGGCGGCCGACGACGCGCUGGUGGCGGCGGUGGCGCGCGGCGGGCACCUGGUGGUGGACGGGCGCGAGCCGGGCGGGGCGUGGACGUCGGGUGGACGGCGGAUUGAGGCGCGCGGCGUCCACACGCGGACGGUGGCGGCGGUGGCGGUGGCUGGGCGGGAGGGGCGGGUGGCGACGGGCGGGCGCGACACAGCGGUCAAGGUGUGGGACGUAGGCGGCGGGGCGGGGGCGGUCGAGGUUUGGGCCUUUGCUCGGGCGCGCAAUCUGGUCACGGCGCUCGGCUUUGUGGGAAGCACCACGCUUGUGCAGGCUGCCGAGGAUCUGCGGGUGAAUGUGUGGGAUGUGCGGGCGCCGGCGACGUCACCGGCGCAAGUCUGGAGCGGCCUGGUCAACAUUCCCAAGGCACUGGCGGUCCGCGGCGAGGCGCUGGAGAGCGCGCUGAUUGCAACGGGCCACAACGGGUUUGACGGCUCCGGCUGUGAGAUCAACGUGCUUGAUCCACGGAUGGCCGGUCGAAUCGCGGCGCAGCUGGUGGGCCACCGGCAGGCGGUGACGGGCGUGGCGUGGGCCUCUGCGUCAGAGCUGCUCUCGGCGUCGGCUGACGGCUCGCUGGCAGCGUGGGACUGGCGGCUGGGCAGGCAGACGGCGAGUGAGCGCGACGGCGCAUCUGGCGCGCUGACCGGCCUCGGCUACGAUGCCAAGUCUGCGACAGCGUUCACGCUCGGCGCCCACAGCGCGUUGUACGCGUGGCGGUACCACGGGGCUGGGAGCGAUGAGCGGUCGUCGGCGCUCGACUCGGCCGGUGGCGGCGGCGGCUACGACCGAACGAUGGCGGCGGUGUAA